CUGCUAUUGGUCUAAAGUUCCCCGCGAAAUCUACGUCACACGCAGUUUCGCGCCAGAUCUGCAGCAGUCGGACGUGUUGUAAAGAAGAGAUAUUCCUGAAGCCAUGUCUUCUCCAACGUCAACCCCUGGCCGCAAACGAGAGAGGACCAACCCAUCAACCCCCAGCAGUGAGGGUCCCAUCUCUCCUCCCUCUCAGAGGCGCAGAGGCCAGGACUCAUCCACUGGAGACCUCAUGCCGAUGCCGACUUCCCCGGCCACAGACAUGCUGAGUCCAGCAGCCCCUCAGGACACCUCUCUGUUCUCUAGCCCACGACCUUCAGUCCUACCCAAUGAGGUGGACAUGAGCUCUCCUCUCAUGUAUGGGACCCCCAGCUCCAGGGUUGAAGGGACCCCACGCAGUGGAGUGCGCGGUACCCCUGCCAGACAGCGUCCUGAUUUGGGGUCAGUGAGGAAGGCCCCACAGGUGGACCUUCAGUCUGAGCCCCCGAGCGCUGACGGUGCUGUAGCCAGUGAGCCAAACGCUGGUCAGAGGCUGGUGAUCUGGGGGACUGAUGUUAAUGUUGGACUGUGCAAGGAGAAAUUUCAGAGGUUUCUGCAGAGGUUCAUCGACCCAACAUCUACGGAAGAUGAGAACGCUGGCCUGGACCUAAACGAGCCAUUGUACAUGCAGAAGCUGGAAGAGAUCAGUGUCGUUGGAGAUCCAGUGCUGAAUGUGAAUUGCAGACACGUGCAGUCCUUUGAUGCAGAGCUUUACCGGCAGCUCAUCUGUUACCCACAGGAAGUCAUACCAACCUUUGACAUGGCAGUCAACGAGCUUUUCUUUGAGCGUUUCCCAGACUCUGUUUUGGAAUAUCAGAUCCAAGUCCGCCCCUACAACGCCCUGAAAACCAGGAACAUGAGGAGUUUGAACCCAGAAGACAUCGAUCAAUUGAUCACCAUCAGUGGCAUGGUGAUCCGCACCUCGCAGCUGAUCCCAGAGAUGCAGGAGGCGUUCUUCCAGUGCCAGGUGUGCGCUUUCACGACCCGUGUGGAGGUGGAUCGUGGGCGCAUUGCUGAGCCUUCCGUGUGUCGCCACUGCAACAACACCCACAGCCUGGCGCUCGUUCACAAUCGUUCAGUCUUUUCAGACAAACAGAUGGUUAAGAUUCAAGAGUCUCCUGAAGACAUGCCGGCAGGUCAGACGCCGCACACAACUGUUGUCUACGCUCACAACGACCUGGUUGAUAAAGUGCAGCCAGGAGAUCGUGUUAACAUCACAGGAGUCUACAGAGCCGUCCCCAUGCGUGUUAACCCACGUCAGAACAAUGUGAAGUCGGUGUACAAAACCCACAUCGAUGCCAUCCACUUCCGCAAGACGGACGAGAAGCGCCUGCAUGGUUUGGAUGAGGAGGCUGAACAAAAACUCUUCACUGAAGACCGAGUCCAGACCCUGAAGGAGCUGGCAGCCAAACCAGAUGUCUAUGAACGCCUCUCCUCUGCUCUUGCACCGAGCAUCUAUGAGCACGAGGACAUCAAAAAGGGCAUACUCCUGCAGCUGUUUGGCGGCAGCCGUAAAGACUUCAGUCAGACUGGUCGAGGAAACUUCCGUGCAGAGGUGAACAUCCUGCUCUGUGGAGACCCCGGUACCAGCAAGUCCCAGCUGCUGCAGUACGUCCACAACCUGGUGCCGCGUGGCCAGUACACGUCGGGGAAGGGCUCCAGCGCCGUUGGUCUCACCGCCUACGUGAUGAAGGACCCAGAGACCCGGCAGCUGGUUUUGCAGACUGGAGCUCUGGUGCUGAGCGACAAUGGCAUCUGCUGCAUCGACGAGUUUGACAAGAUGAGCGACAACACGCGCUCGGUGCUGCAUGAAGUCAUGGAGCAGCAGACCCUCUCUAUAGCAAAGGCUGGAAUUAUUUGUCAGCUGAAUGCUCGUACAGCUAUUUUGGCUGCUGCUAACCCCAUUGAAUCUCAGUGGAACCCCAAAAAGACAACGAUUGAGAACAUUCAGCUGCCUCACACUCUUCUGUCAAGGUUCGACCUCAUCUUCCUGAUGUUGGAUCCUCAAGAUGAGGCCUACGACCGCAGGCUGGCCCACCACUUGGUGUCCCUGUAUUACCAGAGCGAGGAGCAGAUGGAGGAAGAGUUCCUAGACAUGGCCGUACUGAAGGACUACAUUGCAUAUGCUCGAACAUACAUCAGUCCCCGUUUGAGCGAGGAGGCCAGCCAGGCGCUCAUUGAGGCCUAUGUGGACAUGAGGAAGAUCGGCAGUGGUCGUGGGAUGGUGUCUGCCUACCCCAGACAGCUGGAGUCCCUGAUCCGCCUGGCAGAGGCCCACGCUAAGGUGCGCUUCUCUGAGAAGGUGGAGACCAUCGAUGUGGAGGAGGCCAAGAGGCUGCACAGAGAAGCUCUCAAACAGUCGGCCACCGAUCCCAGAACAGGAUUUGUUGACAUCUCUAUUCUGACAACAGGUAUGAGUGCCACUGCUCGUAAGCGUAAGGAGGAGGUUGCCCAGGCCCUGAAGAAACUAAUCCAGGCCAAGGGAAAGACACCUGCCAUGAAAUACCAGCAGCUGCUUGAAGACCUCAGAGGACAGUCUGAAACUGCAAUCACAAAGGAGCUGUUCGACGAGGCUCUCCGAGCUCUGGCCGACGAGGAUUAUCUGACUGUUACUGGAAAGACUGUUCGUCUCCUCGCCUAAGGCACACCCUGCAAUUAUGUACAGACCGUAAUUUUAAGUCCUAUCCCACAUCGACCUUUUUUCUUGUAGAAAAAAUGUAUAAUUGAACCACCAUAUGUUUUCUGGAGCUAUUAGAGCUUUAAAUGCACUCAAUACAAAGACAGGAUUAAGGAUAACCUCGUCUCAACCUGUCCAGUGAUCAAUAAGAAUAAACAAAUUUAUUAACAGAUAUUAAUGGAGAUAGUAUUUAAAGAUGCUUGUCUUCAUUUGUGCAUUACCUGCUUUCAGUUCGGCUCUUAGUGUCUUUGUUCACCAUGAUCUGGUUAAAGCUUUUCUUCUUGUACAUUGUUAUGACGGAGAGCUUGUCUUAUUUUUAAGGAGGGUUCAAAGCAAAGUCAAAUGUGUUUCUUUUUGUAUCAAACUUCUAAAUCUGAGUACUUAUUUUUCGCUGAGUUGAUGUGUCACUGUAGCUUAUUUUGACUGUUAAAAUAAAAUAAAAUGAAAUGUUGCUUAUUAAACAUGCACAUGA